AUGGGAAGGUUAAACCACCACAGCAAAGAGCGGAUAAUAAAAUUGAAGGAAGAAGGCUAUAAACCAUCUCAAAUAUUGCGAAUUUUAGAAAGUGAAGGGGUAGAAAUUUCAAGAGUUGGAUUGUGGAAGUUUCUCCAGCGGUUCAAACAAAACCAGACGCUGUCGACGGCAGCACCGCGGCGAAAGAAAAGCAUUCCAAUGGACGUUUUGAAUUUUAUUGAUGCGCAAAUGGAAAGCAACGACGAGUUAACAUCCCCAAGACUUCAACAAUUGAUCGAAACGAACUUUGGCUGGAAGUUUUCGUGCUCGAAAAUUAAGAGAUUACGAAGGAAGUUAAGCUGGUUGGCCACGUGGUCAAAAUAUUGCCAACUCGUGAAAGAAGUUAAUCAACCCAAGCGACUAGAAUUCGCUCAAAGAUGUUUGAAUAACAAAGAUAAUUUUGACGACGUCAUUUUUACAGACGAAAGUUCAAUCCAAAUGGAGUGGCAUGGAAAAAUAACUUUUCAUCGUUGGUGGGAACCACCGAGACAAAAAGGAGUACCAAAGCAUCCAUAUAAAGUCCACGUUUGGGCUGGCAUUUCGAAGCGUGGAGCAACCGGGAUAACCAUUUUCACUGGAUGCAUGAAUGCAGUAUUUUUUGUAGAAACGAUUUUGAGAAAAACUUUGCUUCCAUUCAUCUCAACGCAUUUCCCAAACGGCCAUCGUUUUCAACAAGACAACGAUCCGAAGCAUACGAGCAACCUAGCGAAAUCCUUCUUCGAGGAAGAAGCGGUAAAUUGGUGGAAAACACCGCCAGAGAGUCCAGACCUCAACCCCAUCGAACUUGUGUGGCAUGAACUUAAGCAUCAUCUAAGAACAAUUGUCAAACCAAGAACGAAGGAAGCUUUAGUUGACGGCAUUACCCAAUUUUGGGCUCAAGCAAUGACUGUUGAAAAAUGCAAAAGAUACAUUAAUCAUGUAAAAAAGUUUUACCAAUUGUAG